UGCUGAUUUCUUUUAUCUUGCCUGGGGUGAAUUAAUCAAGUGAUGUGAACGACUAGACAUAUGACCAAAUUUGACUAAUCGAUUGAAGCCACUGGGUAGCUGAUAGCUAGUCGGGUGCUAAACAAGAUAACGCUGUGCCGACUCAAAGUACAUAAUAUUGUACCGUUGCCUUUAAACACGCGUCUUCCUUUCUAGGUCCGUCAUUUUCCUUUUAUUUGAAGUGGCCACGUAGACUCGGCAGAGCACCAUUUUCCCCCGCAAACUCAGCCCCGAAUUUAGGACUACUAAAUUCAUAGUACGUAUUUUUUUAAUAGUAACAAUGGCUACCGAUGUGCAAUUGAUAAAAAAACAUUUUUCUGUUGUGUUGGUGCUGAGCGGAGGUGACAUCACACCGACACGUACUUAGCCCCCAUCCCCCUUGUGACGCCCCCUUUAAAUGGAACUCCAAUGCCAGCCAGCCAUGUCUAUGGUAGCAGCUAGCCAUACAUUGCUGCGUGCGAAUGAUGCUCUCUACAAUGACACUAAACACCGAAAUGUGAUGUAAAAAAAAAAAAACUCGCUCCCUGAAUCACUGCAACUUGCUCGGCGUGUAAGCAAUGGGAUGCUUCAGGGUUUUCCUGCAGCGUACAAGACGCAAAAUGAAGCUGGAUCUGCUCAGAGAUCUGGGUCGACAGUAUCCAGUGUUCUGUUUCAUGCUGUUGGCCCUCCUCCUGUCCACAGUGCUAUUAAGCAGAUACAUUCACAUCAUCAUGGUAGUUUGGUCCUUCCUGGCUGGUGUUGUUACUUUCUACUGCUCCCUGGGGCCAGAGUCUCUGCUGCCAAACAUCCUAGUAAACAUCAAGCCAAAAAUAAAGUCCUACCAGCAGGAAUUGUUUCCACUGGGCAGCAGCUGUGCCGUUUGUGGGAAGAUCAGGUGUAAAAGGCACAGACACACUUUAUUACUGGAAAACUACCAACCAUGGCUUGAUCUCAAAGUGUCUUCUAAAGUGGAUGCUUCUCUUUCCGAGAUUCUGGAGCUUGUCCUUGAAAACUUUGUGUAUCCUUGGUAUAGGGAUGUGACAGAUGAUGAGGCGUUUGUGGAUGAGCUGAGGGUGACUUUACGUUUUUUCGCCGCCGUGUUGGUCCGUCGAAUCCAGAAGGUUGAUGUUGCAUCCCUCAUUACACGGAAGCUCCUCAAAGUCUCCAUGAAGCACAUUGAGUUAAUCACUAAAGCAAGGCAGAGAGUGAAGAAUACACAGCAUCUACAACAAGCUGUUUUGGAGGAGUAUGGUCCAGACCUUCAUGUUGCCCUUCGUAGUCGCAGAGAUGAGCUACUUUACCUCAGGAAAUUGACUGAGAUGCUCUUUCCUUACAUCCUGCCACCGAAGGCCACAGACUGCAGAUCCCUAACGUUGCUUAUAAGAGAAGUCCUGGCUGGUUCUGUCUUCCUUCCUUCAAUGGACUUCUUGGCUGAUCCUGACACGGUGAAUCAUUUGAUUUUGCUCUUCAUUGACAACUCUCCACCUGAAGAAGCCACAGAGCCAACAUCAGUGCUGGUUCCUUUUCUGCAAAAGUACUCUGACCCUCGCAGCAGAAAGCCUUCAGUUCUGAAGCUGGAGUUAAAAGAAAUUCGAGAACAGCAAGACCUUCUCUUUCGUUUUAUGAACUUCUUGAAGCAAGAAGGAGCUGUCCAUGUGCUGCAGUUCUGCCUCGCAGUGGAGGAGUUCAACGACAGGAUACUGUGCCCAGAGCUGCCUGACGCAGAGAAGAUGAUGCUCCACGAGGAGGUUAAGAAGAUCUACGAGACCUACUGUUUAGACGAGAGCAUUGACAAGAUCCGUUUUGACCCCUUUAUUGUGGAAGAAAUACGUAACAUUGCAGAGGGCCCAUAUGCAGAAGUGGUGAAACUUCAGACCAUGAGAUGCUUGUUUGAAGCAUAUGAACACGUUCUCUCCCUCCUGGAGAAUGUUUUUACGCCCAUGUUCUGCCACAGCGAUGAGUAUUUCCGCCAACUUCUGAGAGGAGCUGAGUCCCCUGCCAGGAAUUCCAAAAUGAGCAGAAAUAGCCUAAGUAUGGAUGACAUCCGGAGCACGUCAAAGAGAGGCGAGUCCUUUGGGAUCGGCCGCAUAGGCAGUAAGAUCAAGGGGGUUUUCAAGAGCACAACCAUGGAGGGAGCCAUGCUGCCAGCUUAUGGGAUGGUGGAGGGAGAGGAUGAUUUGGUGGAGGAAGCCAUGAUGGUGCUAGAGGAUGACUCCCCCAUCGAGGCAGCCUCCACGCCCAGCACCCCGCGUAACCUCUCUGCCUGGAACAUCACCAUCCCGUACAUUGAUUUCUACGAUGAUGAUGUGAAGAGGGAGAGGAUUCCGGUGUUCUGCAUCGACGUGGAGCGGAACGACCGCAAAGCAGGCCAUGAGACCGAGCACUGGUCUGUAUACAGGAGAUACCUGGAGUUCUACGUACUUGAGUCAAAGCUAACCGAAUUUCAUGGAUCCUUCCCAGAUGCACAGCUGCCUUCCAAGAGAAUCAUCGGUCCCAAGAAUUAUGAGUUCCUCACAUCCAAGCGCGAGGAGUUUCAGGAGUACCUUCAGAAACUCCUGCAGCAUCCCGAGCUGAGCAACAGCCAACUCCUGGCUGACUUCCUGUCCCCGCAUAGUGUGGAGUCUCAGUUCCUGGACAAGAUGUUGCCUGACGUAAACCUUGGGAAAAUCAUUAAGUCAGUCCCCAGCAAACUGAUAAAGGAGAAAGGGCAGCAUCUGGAGCCCUUCAUCCAGUCCUUCUUCAACUCUUGUGAGUCCCCCAAACCGAAACCCAGUCGCCCCGAGCUCACCAUCCUGAGCCCCACUUCAGAAAACGAUAAAAAGCUCUUCAAUGACCUCUUCAAAAACAAUGCUAACCGGUCUGACAUAGCAGAGAAGAGGCACAACCAGAACUACUUUAUGGAAAUCCUCACUGUCGAUGGUGUGUACGACUAUUUAAUGUAUGUGGGUCGUGUUGUCUUCCACAUUCCUGACUGGUUGCACCACCUUUUAAUGGGUGGCCGAAUCCUGUUCAAGAACACCCUGGAGGCCUACACAGAUUACUACCUUCAGCAGAAACUCAACCAAGUGGUGGAAGAGCAUCGGCUUGUCUCCCUCAUCACCUUGCUUCGAGAUACUGUUUUCUGCGAGAGCAGUUCGCUUCGCUCAGCUCAGGAUAAGCAGAGGAGAGCAAAGAGGACAUUUGCAGACAUGAUGAGAUACAUUCCAGACCUUCUGGGGAAAUGUAUCGGAGAAGAGGCCAAGUAUGAAGGUGUAUGUCUUCUCUUUGAUGGGCUGCAGCAGCCGGUUGUCAACAAGCAGUUGACCUAUGUUCUCUUGGAUAUUGCCAUUCAAGAACUUUUCCCUGAACUAAACAAGCAGGUGCAGAAGGAGUCUACAGUCAAUGCUCCAUGGAUGUAAAGUGGUACUACUAACAAAAACAUACUAUUAAUGCACUUUUACAAAGACCACUGUUGGUCUUUUUGUCCUGCUGUACAGUCUGUAUACUUAAUUAUGUCAAAUAAAAAAAAUAUAUAACAGUAUUGCAC